UAGGAAAUUCGGUCAUAUUUCGGGCCGGGAGGUACUCGAAAGUCGAAAGAGAGAUUUCUGUGUGAAGACUGAAGAGUGUUUGUGAAUCCAAUCAUAGGACACCACUAGCUCUACGCACCUCAACGGAUAACUGCGCAGAUUCUAGUCUCCAAGAUGGCAUCUGUUCUCUUCUUCAAUGCCGUUCCUUCCCUCCCUUCCUCUCGCACCACAGCUGCUUUCCGUACCCGCCCCUCCUCGCAUUUUCAGAACCGGUUUGGUGUCAGAUGCAGCUACGCAGAAGUAACUUCUACAAUAGACGUUGUAGCUGAUGUUAAGACUGAAAGGAUUGUAGUCUUAGGAGGAAACGGUUUUGUCGGUUCUGCUAUAUGCAAGGCUGCGGUGUCAAAGGGCAUAGAGGUCAUAAGCCUAAGCAGGUCAGGCCGUCCUACUUAUCCAAGUUCUUGGGUUGAACAGGUAAAUUGGGUAGCAGGAGAUGUUUUCUAUGUGAAUUGGGAUGAAGUGCUGGUUGGGGCAACUGCAGUGAUUUCAACCCUAGGAGGUUUUGGUAGUGAGGAACAGAUGAAAAGGAUUAAUGGAGAGGCUAAUGUUGUGGCUGUGAAUGCUGCAAAGGAUUAUGGGGUUCCCAAGUUUGUAUUGAUCUCAGUGCAUGAUUACAAUUUACCAUCAUUUUUACUUUCAUCUGGAUACUUCACGGGAAAGAGGAAAGCGGAGUCAGAGGUUCUUUCCAAAUACCCCAACUCUGGUGUUGUAUUGAGACCGGGCUUCAUUUAUGGGAAAAGGAGGGUGGAUGGUUUCGAGAUUCCUCUGGAUUUGGUAGGGGAACCGCUGGAGAGAAUUCUGCGUGCUACUGAAAACUUCACCAAACCUCUGAGUUCUCUUCCAGCAUCUGAUUUACUCUUGGCUCCACCUGUUAGUGUUGAUGAUGUUGCUCUUGCAGCCAUCAAUGCAAUCUCAGACGACGACUUCUUCGGCAUUUUUACAAUCGAACAAAUCAAAGAAGCCGCAGAAAAAGUGAGGGUGUGAUUUAGCUUUUCCAUAUGGAAUGAAAUAUAGUUAACAAAGCAUGCAGGUUAAUGUGUAUAGCAUAUUCACAUUGCACCUGGUUCUGCUAAGGUGCUACCUACCCCUUUGCAUGCAUGGGGAUGAAAUAUAUCUCGAAACAUUGUAAAGUCUCGCAAAUUUUACAUACAAACUGUCUUUUGAGGCAACGACUUUAUAUUUUAGUUUUAUCGAUAACUCAUUUUAGAU